AUGUCUUCUUCCCGUCAUCAGUUGCUGGAUAUCAUUGGUUAUUGUAUCCAGCAAACCUGGUACUAUGGAGGUGACCAAGUUUACAAAUGCCUCAAGACAUUCCAACGCCUACUACUCUUACAGAGAAAUGCGACAAAAAGGAGAGCUUUGCCCCUAAGAACUUCACUCCCUUGCUCUAUGAUGGAUAGCAGACUGGGGAGAAGACUUUUCUCCUCUGCCAAGGCCACAAGAUGCCUUCCAAAGCUUGUGAAUGUAUGA